AAGGUUUUAGGAUUCAUUUUCAUAGGAUUCAGUUUUUGUCACCAUCCGGCUACGGGACGCGGGUGAUACCGCGGGCGAAAGCUAGUAUAAUAUAAAUAUUCGUGUCCUACAAUUGUGCACUCCAGCGCGGAGCGCGUGGCCCAUGCCCAUCACAGGCCGUGGUGUACUGUGGGUUUUAUACGUAACGGUUGGCAACUUUGUUGUCUUCAUGUCAAUUUAUUGUCAAAUAAAACUUCUGUCAAACGAGUCUGUCUGUGGAGUAAAUAUUGUGGUCUUCUUUUGGUCGUAUAAGUCGUAUUUCGUUAUUAAAAACAGCUGGUUUGAUACUGUUUUCGGAAGCUGCUGCCUGUUAAAACACCCAAGUUUUACAGUGCUUGUUUAAUUAAAUUAAGACAUCCAGUUUAUCAGUCUCAUUUCUCCAUAAAUGUUUUUUUAUUGUUAAAGAGCGUGAUUGUUUUACAUUAUGUCUAUUGAAAUAGAAUCCGCCGAUGUGAUCCGACUGAUCCAGCAGUACCUGAAGGAGUCUAACCUCACCAAAACACUUCAAACGCUGCAGGAGGAGACGGGCGUGUCGCUGAACACGGUGGACAGCGUGGACGGGUUCUGCGCCGACAUCAACAACGGGCACUGGGACACGGUGCUGAAGGCCACGGCCUCGCUCAAGCUGCCCGACAAGAAGCUCAUGGAGCUGUACGAGCAGGUGGUGCUGGAGCUGAUCGAGCUGCGCGAGCUGGGCGCGGCGCGCUCGCUGCUGCGCCAGACGCACCCCUGCCUGCUCAUGAAGCAGCUGGAGACGGACCGCUACAUCCACCUGGAGAACCUGCUGGCGCGCUCGUACUUCGACCCGCGCGAGGCGUACGGCAGCGGCGGCGGCAAGGAGCGGCGCCGCGCCGCCGUGGCCGCCGCGCUGGCCGGCGAGGUGUCCGUGGUGCCCAGCUCGCGGCUGCUGGCGCUGCUGGGGCAGGCGCUCAAGUGGCAGCAGCACCAGGGCCUGCUGCCGCCCGGCACCACCAUCGACCUGUUCCGCGGCAAGGCCGCCAUCCGCGACGAGGAGGACGACCAGUGCCCCACGCAGCUCUCCAAGAUCAUCAAGUUCGGCCAGAAGUCGCACGUCGAGUGCGCCAGGUUCUCUCCAGACGGCCAGUACUUGGUGACGGGCUCGGUGGACGGGCUGGUGGAGGUGUGGAACUUCACGACCGGCAAGAUCCGCAAGGAUCUGCGCUACCAGGCGCACGAGGAGUACAUGAGCAUGGACGAGGCCGUGCUCAGCCUCGCCUUCGGCCGCGACAGCGACACCCUCGCCGCCGGCUCCAACGACGGCAAGAUCAAGGUGUGGAAGGUGUCGUCGGGGCAGGUGCUGCGCAAGCUGGACCGCGCGCACGCGAAGGGCGUCACGUGCCUGCAGUUCACGCGCGACAACACGCAGCUGCUGUCCGCGUCCUUCGACCGCACCAUCCGCAUCCACGGGCUCAAGUCGGGCAAGGUGCUCAAGGAGUUCCGCGGCCACGCGUCCUUCGUCAACGAGGCGGUGUUCACGCCCGACGGCCACGCCGUGCUCAGCGGCUCCUCGGACGGCAGCGUCAAGGUGUGGUCGGUCCGCACGGGCGAGUGCACGGCCACGCUCAAGCCGCUCGGCAGCGGCGAGCCGCCCGUCAACUCGCUGCUGCUCACGCCCAAGAACCCCGACCACUUCGUGGUGUGCAACCGCACCAACACCGUCGUCAUCAUGAACAUGCAGGGCCAGAUCGUGCGCUCCUUCUCCAGCGGGCGCCGCGAGCAGGAGGGCGGCGCCCUCGUCAGCGCCGCGCUCAGCGCCCGCGGCCGCCUCGUCUACUGCGCCGGCGAGGACCUCGUGCUCUACGCCUUCUGCACCGCCACCGGCAAGCUGGAGCGCACCAUCACCAUCCACGAUAAGGCCGUGAUCGGGCUGACGCACCACCCGCACCAGAACCUGCUCGCCACGUACGGCGAGGACGGCCUGCUCAAGCUGUGGAAGCCGUGAGCGCUCGCCGGGCACGUCACACGUCGUCACUUCGCUAGCUCUACGUCAAGCCGAUAUUACACGGAUCUACUUUGGUUC